UAAGUGGUCGAAAACUUAAUCAAAUAGCCAUACAGUGUAAACAUGGAAUUAACAUAUAAGGAGCUGAAUAGAGACAUCGCUGAAAGAAUAGACUCAUUCUAUAUUGACAAAAACUGUUUUAUUGAAGUGCUGCCGGGUAACGUAAUUGUGCCACGAAAAUAUAUGGAAAUAGGAGAGUCUAUUAGAAAUUUAAAAACUUAUCCCGAUGACGUUUGGGUGGUAUCAUACCCAAGAACGGGCUCCACUUGGGCGCAAGAAAUGAUAUGGUUGUUGGGCAAUCAUUUGGACUUUGAAGGCGCAAAAAAAAUGCAACAGAUUCGUUCACCUGUUGUGGAGUUAUCUGCCCUUUUUAGUGUGGAUCAUCAUGAGUGGGUUUCAGACGCUUUGGGUAAUACUGUUGAUACAGUACAAAAUAUGAAGAGACCACGAUUUGCUCGAUCACAUUUGCCAUGGCACUUGCUACCUAAGGAUUUGGAAACAUCUAGGGCCAAGAUCAUAUAUACUUCAAGGAACCCAAAAGACCUCUGCGUCUCGUUUUAUUACUACUGCAAACUAAUGCAUGGCCUCCAGGGGUCAAUUGAUGACUUCUUGCAAUUGUUUAUGGAUGAACUAACACCGAUUGGUUCGUAUUGGAAACAUGUGUUACCGUUUUGGAAACUAAGCAGACAAUUUGAAUCUAAUGUUUUGUUUCUGAAAUAUGAAGAUAUGAAACGCAACUUACCUGAAACCAUUCAAAAAUGUGCAGACUUUCUUAAUAUUAACUACGAACUUAAAGAAGAAGAUAUGGCACGAAUUUGCGAGCAUCUCAAAUUUGAUAAAAUGCAGAAUAAUCCAGCUGUUAAUUUGGAUCCAAUACUAAGCCGAUGCGAUUCAAAUGGCAAUGGUACUGUAGGAAGCUCUUCUGGUACUGGAACUAAAUUUAUUCGCAAAGGUCAAAUAGGAGAUUGGAAAAAUUACAUAUCCGCCGAAAUGAACAAAAACUUUGAUAAAUGGAUGGCUGAAAACUUGAAAGAUAGUGGAUUAUCUUUUGAAACUGAAUAAAAAUUUUAUUAAAGCAAUUUUUUGCAUUUGUUGUGCUUUAUGUUUGCAUAUUAAAGCA